GCCCCGGAAGUGGGCGUGGCCCCGCGCUCCCCAGUGUCGUCCCCACCGCCUCCCCGUCGGGCUGCGGCUCGGGCGGCUCCUGGCAUUGUAACUCGCUCAAGAUGGCGGCGCAGCCACCCAGCGGGAUCCGCCUGAGCGCGCUCUGCCCGAAGUUUUUGCAUACGAACUCUACCAGCCACACCUGGCCGUUCAGUGCGGUUGCGGAGCUGAUAGAUAACGCCUAUGACCCCGAUGUGAACGCUAAACAGAUAUGGAUCGACAAAACAGUGAUAAAUAAGCACAUAUGCUUGACGUUUACCGAUAACGGGAACGGGAUGACCUCAGAUAAGUUACAUAAAAUGCUCAGCUUUGGCUUCAGUGACAAAGUCACCAUGAAUGGCCACGUCCCGGUUGGAUUGUACGGGAACGGCUUCAAGUCCGGCUCCAUGCGUUUGGGCAAAGACGCCAUGGUGUUUACCAGAAACGGAGAAAGCAUGAGUGUGGGCUUCUUGUCACAGACCUACUUGGAAGGCAUCAAUGCAGAGCAUGUCGUUGUCCCCAUCGUGUCGUUCAACAAACACCGACAGAUGAUCAACUUAGCAGAAUCCAAAGCCAGCCUUGCUGCAAUUCUGGAACAUUCUCUGUUUUCUACGGAACAGAAAUUACUGGCAGAACUUGACGCUAUUAUGGGUAAGAAGGGGACGAGGAUCAUCAUUUGGAAUCUUAGAAGCUAUAAAAAUGCCACUGAGUUUGACUUCGAUAAGGAUAAAUAUGACAUUAGGAUUCCCGAAGACUUAGAUGAGGCAACCGGGAAGAGAGGCUAUAAGAAGCAGGAGAGGGUGGACCAGAUCGCCCCCGAGAGCGACUACUCCUUGCGGGCCUACUGCAGCAUAUUGUAUCUGAAGCCGAGAAUGCAGAUCGUCCUGCGGGGACAGAAAGUGAAGACGCAGCUGGUCUCCAAGAGUCUCGCCUACAUCGAGCGUGAUGUUUACCGACCUAAAUUCUUAACUAAAACAGUGAGGAUUACUUUCGGAUUCAACUGCAGAAACAAAGACCAUUACGGGAUCAUGAUGUACCACAGAAACAGACUCAUCAAGGCUUAUGAAAAAGUGGGGUGCCAGUUGAGGGCCAACAACAUGGGCGUCGGGGUGGUUGGGAUCAUAGAGUGCAACUUCCUCAAGCCGACGCACAACAAGCAGGACUUCGACUACACCAACGAGUACAGGCUCACAAUAGCCGCACUAGGAGAAAAGCUGAACGAUUACUGGAAUGAAAUGAAAGUGAAGAAAAACUCAGAGUACCCGAUGAAUUUGCCAGUUGAAGAUAUACAAAAGCGUCCUGAUCAGACAUGGGUGCAAUGUGAUUCCUGUCUAAAGUGGCGGAAAUUACCAGAUGGGAUAGAUCAACUUCCCGAAAAAUGGUACUGCUCCAAUAACCCUGACCCACAGUUCAGAAAUUGUGAAGUCCCUGAAGAACCUGAAGACGAAGAUUUGGUACAUCCCACGUACGAGAAAACCUACAAAAAAAAAGACAAGGAAAGAUUCAGGAUCAGACAACUGGAGGCGUUGCCUCGGAUCAACCCUGAGCUGUUCCGCAUCCCUCCUUUGAUGAGUCCGAGCUUCUCUCCCGGGAAGGACAGCGUCCCGAGAGGCCACACUCCCGAGGCCGUGGGCACCUAUGCCACACGGCUGCUGAACAGCCACCGCGGGUCGCCGCAGGCCGAGCCUGAGAGCAGCAGUGUGAAAAUCCCCGAUUUUAAGAUCAUCAGAACCCAAGGAAACAUGACACAGCUAACAAUACAACCUCCUGGCAUGUACGCCCCACACGUUCACAGCGUGCCCUGUGGCAUGCCGUGUGCUUUGGGUGAGUGGAUGGAGAAGACAGAGAAAGGCAGGAGUGAUGGGUGGAAUGAAAGUCUGAAACGUAGAUUGUCUCCUCGGUCCUCAAAUUUGAAUGCAAAGACUCGGAGAUUGAGUAACCAAGCUUUGGAAAAUUCAGCGCGCAGAGAUGACGACGACGUCAUCAUCCUGGAGGAGAGCAGCACCCCCAAGCCGGCCGUCGACCCCGAGGCGGGAGUCAAGCUGGAAGCGGGCCCCGAGGGUCAGGGGGGGGCUCGGGCGGAGCCCGGCCUGCAGGCCGCGUCAGCGGGCCCCUCGUCCGGGUGUGGCCAGGGCACUGCCGCCACUCAGACCGAGCUGCCAGGCUUGGCUGUUAAGAAGGAGGAAGCCUCCGAAGACGAGAUGGACUCCAGGAACGGCGACGCGGCCCUGCCGCCACCCUGCGUGGAGGCCCAGGGGCAGCCCCGGGAAACCCCGGAGACCUGCGGCGCGCCUGCGGGCGACCCGGCCGGCUGCCAGCUGAGCAAAGUGAGGCAGGAGCUGCUGCUCGCCACCCAGGAGAAGGAGAGCUACAGGAGCCAGUGCCAGGUGCUGGCGGCCCAGGUCAAAGACUGGCAGCAGCGAGUGGCGGAGCUGAACGACAGGUGCGUGAAGAAGGAGACGUGCCACCAGGCCACCGAGACGGAGGCGGCGUUCCUGCUGGAGAGCAUGAACGGCGAGGCGGGCAGCCCGGGCCGCGCGGCCGCCCAGUACCAGCAGGCGCUGGAGGAGCUGGAGCGGCUGCGGAAGCAGUGCGGCGCCCUGCAGCUGCUGAAGACCGAGUGCGGCCACUGCUCACGCGGCGAGGACAGAAGCGAGGUGGACGAGAUGGUGGUGCAGCUGGACGACGUGUUCCGGCAGCUGGACAGGUGCACCGUGGAGAGGGACCAGUACAAGAGUGAGAUUGAGCUCUUAGAGGUGGAAAAAUCACAAAUCCGCUCACAGUGCGAAGAACUGAAAAAUGAAAUUGAACGAUUAAAAUCUGCAAACCAGCCGACGACGGGACCAGUUGUUUCGACCUCCAGCAGCAUUGAGGAGGCCGUGAAUUACGCCAGCGGGGAAAGCCUGAAGCUGCGGUCUCUGCGCGUGAACGUGGGUCAGCUGCUGGCCAUGAUCGUGCCUGACCUGGACCUCCAGCAAGUAAACUACGAUGUUGACGUCGUGGACGAGAUUUUAGGGCAAGUCGUUGAACAGAUGAGCGAAAUCAGCAGCACCUAGAGCAUCUCCGUGUGAGAAUAAACAUACUGGCUGGACCCACUCUUGUCGCACAGUCUGCCGUGUGUCACCGGUUCUGUUUCAGAGCCCGGGAGGCCUGAGUCUGUAUUCUGUGCGUUCAGGUGUGGCCACACGGCCCGGCCGCACUCCCCGCCUCCGCAGACACCUGCGAACCAGCCGCAGCCGCAGCGAGCGAGCAGCUAACUCGGAUUCUGCUUUGAACUGUAAAUAUUUGUAACUAAGUCUGCACAUAGUUUUUUAUUACCUGAGGGGCUUGUCUGCCCCUCUCCCACAGGGCUUUUCAGGUCACCCCGGACCUUUGUGCAAUCAGUACCGGGCCCCCCAGAGCUGGUUUCUCAGACUGGAGGCCUGGGCCAUGAACGCAGACGGCGACGGCAGGCUUGAUUUUCUCACAGAAAAAUUGAAAUAGGACUCGGAACAAAUGUACCGGUCUCCCGAGAGGAUGUGCUGCGACACGGCACUGAGCACCUGCCUCUACUGGCUGUUGGCUCCCGGCUCCCGGAUAUGCGACGAGCAGGAGGCCUGCAGGAGUCCAGGAGUCGGGCCUCGCCUCCAUCUGCUGUUUUUUUGGGGUUUUUUUUUUUUUUUUUUUUUUCUGUCCUGAGGUUACCAAUCAUGGUUAAAAGGCAAAGUGUUUUUAUAGAGCAAAGAAAGGAAUUUGAGUAUUUUAAAAGGUGUUAAACCCAUUAACUGCCCUGCCACCUUUGCUCAUUUGAAACCCAUUUUUGGCUGCUUGGUCAGCAUGGAGUGGGCACAAUAAUUACUGAAUAUUUCUUUCUGUGAAAUUUCCUGUACAGCCUUUUGUAGGAUGACUACAGGUCGGCGUGAGCAGAGGAAGACCGUCUUUCUCCAACAAUACCGCAGACCCUUGACUAUAUUCCAGACCCGAGUGUUUUAUAUCCUGGAGUUAACCCAGCAGACUGCCCUGGGAUUAUAGUGUUACUACAUGCCAGAAACAGUAUGCUCUCAUGGUCCCAUGUCUUGUGCAAUCUAAGGAGAUGGCUUUCUAUUAAGUAAAACUGUAUAUAGAAUUAAGAAUCGUAUUUUCCACAACCAAAUGUGCAUUAUUUUUUCAGAGUUUAUCAUUGCUAUUUAUUUUUACUUUUGUUUCCAAACAUUCAAUACAUAAUUCCUUUUGUAUGUAUGCUUAAUUACAUGUCUGUCACACGAUAUUAAAUUUUUACUGUACAUUAAUUUCUAGAAGAAGCAAAUGAGAAUUGUUUUUAUUUGCUUGGCAAAGUAACUGAAAGUGUAUUUUUGGUAUGAAGCCGGUUUUCUGUCACAAUUGUACCUGCUCAGAUUUUAAAAUAUCUUGUAAUAAAAAAAUGUAUAU